GUUCGUGCCAUAUUGGAACGAGGCAGAGGACAGGAGAAAGACGGGGGUAACGUUUUAAAUUUACUUGGAAGAACUAGGAAAAGUUGGAUCAAAGUGGUUUUAGCUACUGCUAAUACAGUCUCCUGGGUGGUGUUGGGAACACAGUGGGGGCAUCAUGAACCCCGAGACACAGGAAUCUGGCGGCUCUGAACUGGAGUCUGACUUCAACUGGGAUGAAUAUCUGGAGGAGAAUGGAGUAUUGGCGGUUCCACAUCACGCCUUCAAACAUGUGGACCGUAGCCUGCAGACAGGGCUGGCUCCAGGGAUGAGUUUGGAGGUGUGUGUGCGUUCGGAGCCUGACCAACCCUACUGGGUGGCCACCAUCAUCACCACCUGUGGCCAACUGCUGCUGCUGCGCUACGAGGGUUACCACGACGACCGACGAGCAGACUUCUGGUGUGACAUCAUGAACUCUGACCUCCACCCUCUGGGCUGGAGCAGACAGCACAGGCAACCAAUGAGACCGCCUGAGGGUGUCCGUGAGAAACAUGCUGACUGGGAAGCUGUCCUAGAGGAGGCUCUGGCUCAGGGAGGGAGUGCACCAGCACACCUACUGGAGGGUGCCCAGACAGGGGGAGACCUGUUCCCCCUGGGGUUUUGUGUGGAGCUGCAGGACAGUGUAGACCCAGGGGUGGCCUGGGGGGCCCAGGUGGAGGACAACAUAGGGGGCCGGCUGUGUCUGCGCUACACUGGGACGGAGGGGCUCACUCAGUCACAGACCAGGCGCUGGGUAUUCUACCUGGACCCCCUCUUACACCCACCUGGCUGGGCUGAGGAAAACAGCUUCUCUCUCACCCCACCUGCUGUGCUUCGUGGUUUGCGCAGCGAGACAGAGUGGGAGGAGGUGAGAAAGAACAUUAGACAGCCUAAAGAAGAAGCCAUCAAUGAAGACUUCUUUAAGGACAGGCCAGUCCUCUCUCCUCACUGCUUCUCUGAGGGGAUGAAGUUAGAGGCAGUGGACCCCGCUGCCCCCUUCAACACCAGCCCAGCUACUGUCACCAAGGUGCUGAGCAACCAGUACUUCAGGGUGCAGAUGGACAGCCUGCAGGGAGACAGUGAAGGGGCGGGGCCUGGCUUAUCCUUACUCUGUCACUAUGGGAGCACCAGAAUCUUCCCUGCCCAAUGGAGCCUUAAAAAUGGGGUACCCCUCAGUCCCCCUCCAGGUUACCAGGGCCAGAACUUUGACUGGGCGGAUUACCUGAAACAGUGUGGAGCGGAAGGAGCGCCAGAGAGCUGUUUCCCCGUGGGGCAGAGUGAUCAUGAAUUUGUUGAGUCCAUGAGGCUGGAGGCGGUGAAUCCUGUCUCUCCUGAGCAAGUUCACGUGGCAACUGUAACCAGGGUCAGAGGUCAGCACAUCUGGUUGCAUCUGGAAGGGUUGAAGCAGCCUCUCCCUGACAUCAUCACUCAUGUGGACUCCCUGGACAUCUUUCCAGUCAGUUGGUGUGAGAGUAAUGGCUAUCCCCUCCAACACCCCUACAAACCUAGAGCUCAGAGGAAGAGCCAUGUGACCGUGGUGCAACCAGAGAAGCAAUCUCCACUUAAAGCCACGGCCCCUGAUGCAGCGAGGCAGCAGGAUCUGAACCAAUCGGAGAACGCAGCUCAGGGUAACGGGAAGUACAGCUGCCCAAAGAUCUAUUUCAACCACCGCUGUUUCUCUGGCCCCUACCUGAACAAGGGCCGUAUCGCUGAGCUGCCCCAAAGCAUUGGCCCUGGCAACUGUGUCCUGGUGCUGAAAGAGGUGUUGACUCUGCUGAUCAGCUCGGCCUACAAGCCCAGCCAGGUGCUGAGGGAGCUACAGCAGGACCCAGAGCUCAGGGGGCACGGCCAGGGAGAAACUCUGAAGGCCAAGUACAAAGGGAAGAGUUACCGGGCCACUGUGGGGAUUGCCCGUACAGCUGACCAGGUGGCUGAGUUCUGCAGGAAGACGUGUGUGAGGCUGGAGUGCUGCCCCAACCUGAUCGCACCUCACAUGGUGCUGGAAGACUGCUCGGAGGACUGCUCUCUUCUCACCAAGACCAAAUACACGCAUUACUAUGGUAAGCAGAAGACCAAGCGAAUCAGCCUUCCCCUUGGUGGUUACACCAACCUGGAGAGCAGCACCAAGCAGGGGAGCAGGAGGAAGAAGAAAAAGGCCCUAUUUGUCCACAAGAAGAAACACCUGUCUACCUCUGUAGACAGCACCCCUGCUGGCUCCCCACUGGCUAGUGGAGAAGAGGAGGACCUGGAUGAGGACUACUCUCUGAGUGAAGAGGACUCAGGCUCCGAGCCGCAGGAUGACUAUGAGGUAUCAGAGAGGAAGUCCCAGCCCCCCUCUCCCUCCCCCUGUCCCACCCCUACAGAACCUCGCCCCCGGGACAGACCCCGUCGCCAGCGCAGGAAACCCGCCCGCUCACCCUCCUACUCAGACGAUGAGAACGGGCCCACCUUACCUAAGAGUGGGCGGGUGGAGGUGCAGGAGAAGCUGCAUCUGGACAGCAGUCCUCUGGGCUGGAGCAUCACUGAUGUGACCCGUUUCAUCAGAACUACUGACUGUGCCCCGCUGGCACGCAUAUUCAGGGACCAGGAGAUAGAUGGCCAGGCCCUGCUGUUGCUGAGCCUGCCCACAGUACAGGAGUGUAUGGGGCUGAAGCUGGGCCCUGCCAUCAAACUGUGCCACCUUAUAGAGAGGGUUAAACUGACCUUUUACCAGCACUUUGCCAGCUGAGGAGUGUGUGUGUGCGUGUGUGUGCGUGUGUGUGGUUGGUCUCAAGCUUAUUACUAAGCCAUAUCACAUCCAGCGUUGUUGUAAUGUACAGUAUGUGCUGCUCCAGGAUGGACACAACUUAUAGCCUCAGCUGUUCACCCUGGAAUGUGACUGGAUUCUGUAUCUUUCAGGGAUUUCAUGUUUACAGUGCCUUCAGAAAGUAUUCACACCCCUUGACUUAUUGUACAUUUUGUUGUUUACAGGCUGAAUUCAUAAUGGGUUAAAUUGAUUUAUUUUCUCACCCAUUUACACACAAUACCCCAUAAUGACAAAUUUACAUUUUCAAGUAUUUUCACCCCUUAGUCAAUGUUAGAAUCAUCUUUGGCAGCGAUUACAGCUGUGAGUAUUUCUGGGUAAGUCUCUGGUUACGUCUAAAGGUUUUCCACACCUGUAUUGUUCAAUAUUUGUAAAUAUUUUUUUAUUUUAUUCUUUGGGUUCUGUCAGGUUGGUUGUUGAUCAUUGCUAGAUAACCUAUGGCAAGACUUGAAAAUGUCUUUCAGGCUCAUUUAAGUCAAAAUUGUAACUAGGCCACUCGAACAUUUAAUGUCAUCUUAGUAAGCAAUUCCAGUGUAUACAGUUGAAGUCGAAAGUUUACAUACACCUUAGCCAAAUACAUUUAAACUCAGUUUUUCACAAUUGCAGACAUUUAAUCCUAGUAACAAUUCCCUGUCUUAGGUUAGUUAGGAUCAUCACUUUAUUUUAAGAAUGUGAAAUGUCAGAAUAAUAGUAGAGAGAAUUAUUUAUUUCAGCUUUUAUUUCUUUCAUCACAUUCCCAGGGGGUCAGAAGUUUAUAUACACUCAAUUAGUAUUUGGUAGCAUUGCCUUUAAAUUGUUUAACUUGGGUCAAAUGUUUCGGGUAGUCUUCCACAAGCUUCCCACAAUAAGUUGGGUGAAUUUUGGCCUAUUCCUCCUGACAGAGCUGGUGUAACUGAGUCAGGUUUGUAGGCCUCCUUGCUAGCACACACUUUUUCAGUUUUGCCCACAAAUGUUCUAUGGGAUUGAGGUCAGGGCUUUGUGAUGGCCACUCCAAUACAUUGACUUUGUUGUCCUUAAGCCAUUUUGCCACAACUACACUUGGGGUCAUUGUCCAUUUGGAAGACCCAUUUGCGAUCAAGCUUUAAGUUCCUGACUGAUGUCUUGAGAUGUUGCUUCAAUAUAUCCACAUAAUGUUCCUCCCUCAUGAUGCCAUCUAUUUUGUGAAGUGCACCAGUCCCUCCUGCAGCAAAGCACCCCACGACAUGAUGCUGCCACCCCCAUGCUUCACGGUUGGGAUGGUGUUCUUCGACUUGCAAGCCUCCCCCUUUUUCCUCCAAACAUAACGAUGGUCAUUAUGGCCAAAGAGUUCUAUUUUUGUUUCAUCAGACCAGAUGACAUUUCUCCAAAAAGUAUGAUCUUUGUUCCCAUGUGCAGUUGCAAACUGUAGUCUGGCUUUUUUAUGGCGGUUUUGGAGCAGUGGCUUCUUCCUUGCUGAGCGGUCUUUCAGGUUAUGUCGAUAUAGGACUCAUUUUACUGUGGAUAUAGAUACUUUUGUACCCGUUUCCACCAGCAUCUUCACAGGGUCCUUUGCUGUUGUUCUGGGAUUGAUUUGCACUUUUCGCACCAAAGUACGUUCAUCUCUAGGAGACAGAACACGUCUCCUUCCUGAGCGAUAUGACGGCUGUGUGGUCCCAUGGUGUUUAUAUUUGCGUACUAUUGUUUGUACAGAUGAAUGUGAUACCUUCAGGCGUUUGGAAAUUACUCCCAAUGAGGAACCAGACUUGUGGAUGUCUACAAUGUUUUUUCUGAGGUCUUGUCUGAUUUGUUUUGAUUUUCCCAUGAUGUCAAGCAAAUAGGCACUGAGUUUGAAGGUAGGCCUUGAAAUACAUCCACAGGUACACCAACAAUUGACUCAAAUUAUGUCAAUUAGCCUAUCAGAAGUUUUUAAAGCCAUGACAUCAUUUUCUGUAAUUUUCCAAGCUGUUUAAAGGUUACAGUCAACUGAGUGUAUGUAUUCUUCUGACCCACUGGUAUUGUGAUACAGUGAAUUAUAAGUUAAAUAAUCUUAAAUAAUUGUUGGAAAAAUUACUUGUGUCAUGCACAAAGCAGAUGUCCUAACCGACUUGCCAAAACUAUAGUUUGCUAACAAGAAAUUUGUGGAGCAGUUUUAAUGACUCCUACCGAAGUGUAUGUAACCUUCCGACUUCAACUGUAUAUGGUCUUGUGUUUUAGAUUAUUGUCCUGCUGAAAGGUGAAUUUGUCUCCCAGUGUCUAUUGGAUAGCAGACUAAUCCAUGUUUUCCUCUAGGGUUUUGCCUGUGCUUAGCUCAAUUCCAUUUAUUUGUAUCCCUAAAAAUACGGCUUUCUUCGUUUCACACUGUCAUUUAGGUUAGUAUUGUGGAGUAACUACAAUGUUGUUGAUCCAUCCUCAGUUUUCUCCUAUCACAGCCAUUAAACUAACUGUUUUAACCUCUAGCGUCGAGCAAUCCCGUAUCCGGGAGCGUAAUCAUAGCCUCAAGCUCAUUAGCAUAACGCAAUGUUAACUAUUCAUGAAAAUCGCAAAUGAAAUUAAAUAAAUAUAUUGGCUCACAA